AUGGGUUUCCAAUUCAAGGACUUUUUGAAACAAUGGCCCAUCAAGAAGGUUCUCAGUGCAAGAGAUGUUUCCUAUAGUCAAAUUGUACUGCCCAGAAACCAAGUGGAAAAGCACAUCCUGCCUCUCUUACUUCCUGAGGAACAGAACUUAAUUAACCGUCACGAACAGUUACAGAUUACAGUGAGAGACCUUGAUACAAUGUGUGAGCACCAAUUGAAUUUAUGGGAGAAUGGGAGUUCUUAUGUCCUUACUAAAGGGUGGAAUACUGCCUUUGUAAGGCGUAGAGGACUAGAAAUUGGUGAAGAAGUUGGAUUUUGCUGGGAUGAGAGGCUUCAGGAGCUGCGCUUUUCAGUGUUGAACCGUCCACCUAUACCCCAUGAUGAAUAG